GCUACCCUCCCUCUCACUCGCCCUAGCGAAUGCAUCCCAGUACUUAAGACCUCCGAAAAGCGUGCGGAGGCUCACAGCCCCGCUUGCAGUGGGCGUGAGCUGGGGAACUGCCACCAUGAGAGUGCUAUGGUUACUGCUGCUGGCUGCGGCCGCCUCCGGCUUCGAGGUCGGCAAGGAGUAUGUGUACGAGUACAAGGGAACGAUGCAUGUUCUUAACCCUGAGCAGCGGCAUCAGUUGACCGGUCUUGGGUUCCGAAGCAAGGUCAUCAUGCAACCUAAGCCCGACCACACGCACUUCAAGAUCGUGAACUUCGAAGCGGACACGUUCAACUCGGACGAGAUCGACCUAACUCAUCAUGAGUUCCACUACGCGUCGAAUGAACAUCUCCACGGCGCUCUCGAACAUCCUUUUGCCGGCAAGUUCGACGAAGGAAAGAUCGUGGAGAUUGCGAUUGGCAAGAGCGAACCAAUGUGGGUGAGGAACGUGAAAAAGGGCGUCCUGUCCCUUUUCCAACUGGACCUCGUCAAGGGACGCCACGAGCACCACGACGAGAAAGAGUACCACGUCAAAGAGGAUGGCCUGCAUGGCCCUUGCGAGACCCUGUACGUCGUCCACGAAGAAGAGCAUGGCUACCUUGAGGUGACCAAGGUUAAGAACCUGGAGAAGUGCGACUACCACCACAUUGCCAAGAUAGGCGUGAAGGUUGCCAAGAAUUGUCUCAAGUGCCAUGCGGAAGAACCGCACCCGUACUCCUCAACAUCUGAGGUGUAUUACGAACUCAAGGGGACGGCGCAGCAUUAUGAGAUUGCUCAUGCCUGGGCUGAGUCUGGAUACCUGUUCAAGCCUAACGGCGAGGGCAAGAAGAUUCACGUGAAACUGAAUCGCACCCUGGACCUCCUGGAAGAGCACGCCGCCACCACAGAGACUGCACUUGCCGGGGACGUCGAGAAGGAGCACUCACUGGCCCAGGAGUUCCCCACGACUAGCGAUCUGAAGACCCACGAGGAGCUCUUGCACCCCAACGCUGCUCAGAAGCACUUCGAUAUUAAGACCAACUUGCAAAAAUUUGCGGAAGGCCUCCACCAGCUGGCGGAACUGGAGUACACGGACGAUGACAUCAAGGAGAUCGACAACAAGGCGAGCGGUAGCCAGCUCUUCCUUGCCCUGUUCCGUUCUUUCAGCGGCUUCGACUACGACGAGGUCCACGCAAUAUACCAGAACCACGUGCAAGCUGCACCGGCUGAAGCCAAGGACAGCAUCCUUCACGCGUUCCUGGACCUCCUCGCCGCUUCCGGCAACAACCCUCACGUCACCUUCGGCCUGAACCUGAUCAAGAAUAACGAGAUAACCGCAAAGGACGCCCGCCGCUUCUACGGGCAACUCCACCUGAACCUGAAGGAAGUCAGCACUGCCAUGAUCCACGAAAUUGCCGACUCGUGCAAAUCGGAGCCCGUCAAGAGCCACCCAGGAACCUGGAGUGCCUGCAAAUUCGCAGCCAGCACAGCCGCAGGCGCCAGGGGAUGCAAGCACGCACACGAUGACCAUGAGGAGGACCAUGGCACCUGCAACCCCGAGAUCGUCUCGCACAUCUUCAACUACUCAGUCACACCGGCAGAUACACACGACGAGUCCGAGUUCAAGAGCACCGUCUAUCUGCGAGUGGCCGGCAACCUGGGCACGCGGAAAGCGAUGCACUACCUGGAGCGCUACAUCUGCCCCAAGUGGCACGCCAGCGAGCCCAAGAGGAUGGCCGCCCUGUGGGCGCUGAAGCAGGCCUCCAAGAAACACCCUCGUCUGGCACACUCUAUCGCCUUGCCGAUAUUCUACAACACGAGCGAACCGAGUGAGCUCCGUAUCGCCUCCUUCCUCGUCGUCCUGUUCAGCCACCCAGAGCUCUACCUAUUGCGACACAUCGCCCGCGAAAUGAUCACCGAGCCCAGCGACCAGGUGGUGGCGUUCGUCUCGAGCGCAUUCCGCUCCCUGGCCAAGUCCAAGUACCCCUGCCAUCGAGAACUUGCCCAGCAGAUGCGCUACGUGCUGCCAGAAUGGGAUGACGACACAAGGUUCAGGAGACCCAUCGACAAGGCUUCGUCUCACCUUAUCAUCUCUUCCACAUACAGCCCCAAGUACGACUACGGUGGCAUGACGUCCUCGGUGAUGAUCCGCUCGCACGACAGCUACCUGCCCCGUAACUGUUAUAUCAUGCUAAGGGACUACAAGGCUGGCCACUCCUUUGACACACUCACCCUUGAGUUCGAGAGCUGGGGCAUGGACAAGACCUUCAAUCACCUCCUGGGUCCACAGCCCGGAUCCACGAAGAACCUUUGGAACUUCAUGGGCCGUCGUCGCAUCCCGCGUGAUGCAUCAGCUAAAGAACGAAAGGAGAUCGAGGACUCCCUGCACAUCGCCGACCGAGAGUACGACCCGAUGUACGCACGUCUCAGCCUGUCCAUCUUCGGAAAGACCGUCGACACUUAUAGCAUCGACGAGAACCUCUUAGCCACAUUUCAAAAUAGAGAUAAACCAGGGGAGGCCGUUCAGAAGUUGUUGGGGGCCGAAGUCCGCAAGAAGUACUUUUACUUGACUAAAGACGUGACUGUGCUGAUGCCGAGCGAGCUGGGCGUGCCAGUCAUCUUCGACUUCAAACAGGCUGAGUUCAUCUACGGAAAGCGAGAGAAGAUGGGUCUCACUCACGGCGACAACGCAGAGCUCAACUUGGACAUCAAGCGCCACUACCUAUACGACGUCGCGUCUAGCCAGAUGUUUGGCUUCGCGCCGGAGUUCGCCAAGCUGGGUAUCGGAACUGGCUACACUGCGAGGACCGUCAUCUCCUGGCCGCUCGACCUCAAGGCGACCCUGGCGCCACUCGAGGGCAAGCUCAGCCUGCGCCGACCCCUGCACCUGCCCUGGAACGUUAUCAACCACAACUUCCUGCCAUUCACGUUCGUCAUGCCCUUUGACAUUAACGCUGAUGGACCACAGGCAAUGACUGAGUUCUUCAGGCUGGCGAAGCCCCUCUACCGACCUGAAGAACUGACCGAGUUCGACCGCCACUACUUCGACGACACCUUUGGCGUCAGCCUGAACGUCAAGGGCCACUUGAUCAGCAAGGGGCUGCACCGGGCCGUGCGAGAAGUCUACCACGAGAUGUCGUGUCGGGAGCGCUUCAUCUACAUGGCCGUCAAUCCUCACUGGCACCCACGUGACAUCAAGAUCUACGCCCUCCCUGCUGCUCAAGAUGCCACCAAAGAACUGGACAUCGACAUUUCGUACAAGUUCUUGGAGCCAGACGACGAACGUCACAGCCACUUCAACGUGCAUGACCAAAUCGCCGACGAUCCGGAGGUGCCGUCCACCCACGUCCUGAAACUCGACGUCAACUUCAAGGGUGAGACCAAGGAGCGAAAGGCAACCGCCGAGUUGCGGUACUCUUUCAACCACGACCUCUUCAACCACAAGCUACAGUUCUUCUACGAAAGGACGCCGUUCAGCCACGCUGACACCGAAGGGCUGAAGAUCUGCCUGGCCGCAUCGGCGAAGUUCCCCAAGCCCGACUGGACCGUAGCUAAUCUGGCUACGUUCUACGCGGGACACCACAUCGACGCCCACCUCGACGCCCACUAUGGAAGCACCUGCGAAGCAGGGUCGAGUAUCACGAUUAACGGCAAGUUCACACACACCGACGAGGACGAACAGCAGUUGGCAGCCGCAGCGCAAGGCAAGGCAGUCGGCAGGAACAGGUUCGGCAGCACAUUCCUCCACUGGCUCGCAAACAAAUGUCACCAUCAUCAAGAGAAGGGCAUCCCGUUCAGCCAGUACUGUUACAGACUGCUCCGUUACUCCAGUCGACUCGGCAAAUUCACCGCUGACGUAGAGUGGAAGAACUACAAGUCUCUGCUGAGCCGCUUGGCACCGUACUACGCGAAACGCUACACGUACAAACCCUGGAAAGCCGGCUUCCUGGGUGUGGUUCGCUCGUACUUCACGAGUGACCAUGGCAAGCUCCACGUCGUCUCUCAAGUUCCAUGGUGGAGAGUUGAUGAGAAGCCACACACCAACAUGAUCGUCACAACCGAGGACGGCCACCACCACGAACACUGGGAGGUGCCCACCUUUAGCAAGCUCCUCGAGCCAAGGAUCUUCUCGCCAACCGGUUACUCGUAUGCCGCGGAGUACUCCAAGCUCUACAGACACAAGUACUGCGACCUACAGGCUCACGGCGUGCGCACUUUCGAUGGCACCGUGGUCCACCUGCCCGAGACAGACUGCUACAAAGUGGUCGCUCGCGAUUGCUCGCCUAACAAGAGGUUCCUGGUCCUGGCUCGUGCCACGAACAACCCGACGCUCACCAAGGCGGUGAAGUUGUUCAUCCACACGACCAUGAUCGAGAUCCUGCCACUGGACGGCGAAUCUGGCCUGGUUGUACGCGUCGACGGCAACAAAGUAGACAUCGCGGCCGAGCAUCCCUACAGCCACACCUCUCACGACGCUGAGCUGUUCAGGAUCAAGAAGGAGUCCACAAAGUGGUACAAGCUGGACUCCGAGUCUUACGGCCUCCACUUGGGAUUCGGCGGGAACAUGCUCGUGGUCGAGGUGGCUCCGUUCUACCGUGGAAAGCUGUGCGGCCUGUGUGGUGACUACAACCUGGACAAGAACCACGAGCUCUCCGGUCCUGAUGGCCACGUGUACAACAACACGCUCGAGUUCGCCAAGAGCUAUGUUGUACCCAGCGCGGACUGCCACCCACCGGCACACUAAUUGCCCUUGGCGGCGGACGCUCAAAUCGAACAUCACGCCAUUACAACGAGCACACUUACUGCAAACUCCUACGAUUAAAAUGCAGAGAGCAGAACUGGAAAGAAGUGGUGCCUUCUAGCUUUCUCUAAUGGGGUUAACGGGGGAGAGCUCUCAGCUGCUAAACUUUCACCAAAAUGCAAUCGCGUUAGUCUACCAUCUAUGUAUUAUGUAAAAAAAGACAAUAAAGGAAGAUGUCAAAAACUGGUCA